GGGAAAAGAUGUGGAAGGGGAAAUGGGGGAAGGAUGGCACAGAGGAAGCGGCAGCGCGGGCAGGAGGGUCCCAUGGCGGCCGUGGGGCACAGGGAGUGUGCAGUGGGGAUCCGGGUUGGCCCCCGGUGCUCUGGGGGUGCUGGGGGGGCACCCCGGAGCUGUGUCCUGCACUCACAAGGGUGUUCCAGGGGAUGAGAUUGAAGAGUGUCACUUGUUGAACGGCACGGAGAAGGUGAGGUUCGUGGAGAGGUUCAUCUACAACCGGGAGCAGUUCCUGAUAUUGGACAGCGACGUCGGGGUGUACGUGGGGUUCAUCGCCUAUGGGGAGAUGAAUGCCAAGCGCUCUAACAGGCACCCGGUUCACAUGGAGUACUACCGGGCUUUGGUGGACACGCAGUGCUGGCGAAACUACGAGCUUUAAAAUGCCCCGUUCACAACGGUGGAGCGCCGAGGGGAGCGCGGGGCAGAGCGCGUCCCCUCGGACCUUGCCC